ACAAGCCUCGUGAGUAUUCUUACCUGCUAAGCAAUAUACGAUUUACGGGUCUUGAUGGGUGCGGGUCAAUCGACGGUAACGGCUCCAGAUGAAGCCGCAUUGCGCGAGAGUUUGGAAACGCAACCGACUCUCCAAAGUUUUUCGUUCGAUGUGGCGCUCGUUCCCGGCUCGGGUCGCUUCACGCGAACCCACCGUCUUAAACACAAGUCGAUCGAAACUACAGCCGUGUGCAAAUCCAUGUGGAUUGCCGAAACAACCAGGAUCGAAACUCAGCGGGAAGAAUUGGAACGGAUUAAGCGAGUAUUGAAAGGGCAGCCUCAUGUCGCACCGUUCACAGCCUGGUUUAUUGGAGAAGCCCGAAGACCCCAACUCUACCGACCUAUUUUUGUUUUACGACCACAUUUUUAUACUACGCUUUCGGAUCGCUUGACGUCACGACCUUGGAUGCACCAUGUGGAAAAGGUAUGGGUGGCAGCGCAGAUUCUGGAUGCUCUGCAGCAUAUGCACGAGGCGAACGUGGUGCACGGGUUCCUGACGACGGAAAAUGUGGGCCUGACGUCGCACGGUUGGGUCGUACUGUUGGAUAUUGCGAGUUACAAAUCGGACCGAAUACUACCCGACGACGAUCCCACCGAAUAUAUGUACUACUUUCAUCCGUUGCAGCACGCCGAAAAAACGCGGGAGAAACGAUGCUAUUUGGCGCCUGAGCGGUUCUACACGCCAUCUUCAGAGAUCCUGACGACCAACGUGGCCCCCACAUCUGCGUCGGACAUCUUUAGCACUGGUUGUGUGUUGACGGAACUCUUCAUUAAUGGUGAAAGAUGUAUGGAUUUAGGCGAUCUGAUGGAGUACCGAAGACAGAGAACGAUGACGUCCGGGACCCAGCAGAAACUUAAUAAGAUCGAGAGCUCUCACCUACGAGCAGCGUGUCGUCACAUGCUUAAUUUGAAUCCGGAAGAUCGACUUUCAGCUCUGGCAUACAGGGAACGCUUAGAAGCCACAGAACAAAUACCACCCCCCUUGAAACGGUUGACAAAAUUGGUUGAGCGCCUUACGACCUCCCACUCGACACCCGAUGCACGUGUUGCUUUGAUGGCCGCGGAGUAUCCCCACGUGCUUUGGGAAACUAUGGGGAUGCAAGAUACCGUUGGUUGCGCUUAUUUUGCGAGAGUUAUGGGACCGGUAAUGUUGAACCAACUACCCGAAUCGACUAGUGAAAGUCCGACAAUUGCAUUGUUAAAGGACAGCAAGAAGACCAGUUUGUCCGCUAAAGACGCGUUAUUCGCCGAGACGGAGGAAUUGCUGAAGCAGCUUGAGUCGCUCGAUUUCGAAGGGGAAGAAGACUCUGUUGAAUCGUCUGAUCUUGAGGGAGCUUUGGCUCAAGCCGACGCAGUCAAAAACGACGAAGGUCCACCAUCUCCUCUCUCACAGGCUUCGCUUCUGAUUUACCUGCAGUCUGUGUUGUCGACAGUUCGUCAUGUCCAACGUCCCUCCUCGAAAUUGGUGGCGCUUCAAUUAGUCAAUCGGAUCUCUCGCUGUACGUCGGAUGAAGCCAGAAUGCAGCGAAUCGUUCCGGUAGCAAUAUCUCUACUCCAUGAUCAAGACGCUCUGGUACGAGCUUCUUCUCUUCGUCUUUUAGCUUUUACGCUGUCGAUCAUUCAGACAUUCCCACCAUCGGAUUCUAACGUCUUUUCCGAGUACGUUUUUAAAAAAGUUGCACAUAUGAUCACGGAUCCGUGUUUGAAUGUUCGCUUGGUCUUUGCUGAAAGUGUCGUAAGAUUGGCGGAAACAGCACAUCGAUUUCUUGAUAUUACGCAUGCCGUACGUCUGUAUGAAGCUGUUGGGAGCGGUCCUGGAAGCGGGCUCGUGUCAGAAGAGGCAAAUUCGUCUCGCUCUACACUGUUCGCCGACGACAUUACCAAGCUUCUGGACACCUCAGAGUCUGACAAGCCAGCUACCGAGAGAAUGGAGAGCUCGCUGUCGUCCGACUCUGGCCAAUCCGAAACCGCAUUGAUGGCGGCAGGGAAAAUUAUGAUCAAUAGCACAUAUGAUGUAGAGCUCUCCGCCUUGCACGAAAUAGUUUCAAGAUGGGUUGUACACAUUACCACUGAUCAGUCAGAACAUUCGUCUUUGCCAAAGCGAGCGUUGUUGAAAAAUCUCGGUGCACUGUGUAAUUUUUUUGGGCUCGAUGGCGUCAUGGCCUUUAUUUUACCACAAAUUUUAGCUUUUCUCAACGAUCGAAAAGACAGAGAACUUCGGUCCUCUUUGUUUCAACAUUUACCGUAUCUUUGUGGAACAAUCGGACGGGCCGCUACAGAAGAGUUUGUCCUUCCCUGUGUUGAAAUUGGCCUUGUCGACUGUGAGGAGAUGGUCGUCGCGGACGCCAUAGCGUGCCUCCGGAGGCUCGUCGAAAUGAAUCUAAUCUCUCGAUCAGUUCUCCUCGGUGCAGGGACAGCCUCCACUAGAGGUGGAGUUAGUUUGCUCGAACGGUACGCUCCACUUCUCAUGCAUCCUUGCUGCGAAGUACGGAAGCAAGCGCUAGAUUAUUUUGCUUCGAUUUGUGGGAUUGUCGGUUCGCCGGAUUCUGACGUUUACGUAUACCCGAUACUUUUGCCGUUCCUCCGUUACCGUGCUACUCGAGAGCAGUGCAUCUCGCCCGAUGCACUGAAGGAUUGCGUUAAACUUGCUUGGACAAGGAAAAGCUUCGAUACUGAACUCGAACGCUUGAUGUCAGUCCCUUCCUUUCAGAGUGCGGGGACUUGGACAACCGUGUCAGUUAGUGGUGGCCUCCCACAUCGAAGUAAAGUUGUUCAGGAAAACAAGCAAUCUACCUUAAAUGUCGAGCGAAUAGGACAGUUCUCCGUGCAAGAAAAUGUUUCGGCGUACUUUCGCAUGCUUGCCCGUCAUACAACUCAAACUUCCAAUCAAGACCUGCUCGCAGGGAAAUCUAUCUCCCUUUUACCGAGUGGGAUUCAAGGUUCAGUUAAGUCAGCCCAAAGUGUCAUGUUUCCGCGGCAUAAUGCGAAAAUGGUUGACGGAGCAAAGAUUCCGGAAUGGUACGCAAAACUUCGCGACUCAGCAGAAGGACAGCAUCUUUUUGUGUCGGAGACUUCUGCAAUUCGGUCAGUGUCGACACUCGGACAUGUAUACGGGCUAUCGAUUAUGGGUCCGUCUCAUGGAGAAACCGGAAAAAUAGUGGGUGCAGCAGAUGGUUCUAAUGGAAAUGAUGAAACUCUUUCGAGCUAUCUCAAAACGGGAGAAGCAAAAUCCAUUGAAGCAGCAAAUUUGGGAGAAUGGGGAUCCGAAGUGCUAUUGGACCCUGAACUUGUGGAUACGACACUUCUCGUGACGAAACUGAAGGCUAUGAACGUCCCACCGUUACCACUAGAUCUAGGAGAUCAGUUUGCUCCGGUAAUAUUGCCAGUUCCUAUCCGAAAGAACGGAGGUAAGCAGGGGGUUGUCCAAGCGGACUGGAGGCCUAGGACGAAUGCCUUGAUCGCAUCAAGUACCAUAUCUAGCGGUCAUACAGCGCCAGUUGUUCGACUUGCAGUUUCGCUGGACGGUCGCUUCUUCGUCUCCGCUAGCCAUGAUGGCUCUUGCCGUGUAUGGGAGACUCAGAAGGCUGAGCAGUCUGUUGGAAUCCUUGAAAGCAGCCUUGUCUACAAGGAUCAUUCGAUCACUGCCCCUGUCCGAAUAAAUGAUAUUGCUAUGGUCGAAGGAAGCCAUUCACUUUUUUCUGGAGACAGCGGUGGUUCUCUUCAUGUUUGGCGCGUAGAUAUGGUCGAAUCGUCUGCAAAACCAAGCUUUCAAGGAACUCUACCGACAAAUUUGAAUCACUCCAAAGUAGUAGGCUCUAGCAAUGUACGAAAGGUGGACGCCAAAGAGGGAGAGGUCCUUGCUUUGUCGCAUUUUAAUACCAUUUCCGCUUCGCUCUUGGCAUUUGCAACCCAGUCGGGUGCUGUCCACUCCUGGGAUCUGAGGUGUUCUAAGGAACCGUUUGUUUUCAAGCACACUCCAGACUUUGGGUUGCUUACCAGUAUGUCGAUCGGCAGCGAUAGACAAUACAUAGUGACAGGAACUUCGAGAGGGUAUCUAGCCUUGUGGGAUGUUCGGUUUCAACAACCAGUGAAAGUGUGGCAGCAUAGCCGCAGAGCUCCAAUUCAUCGUCUUGCUACUUCCUUCGUUCCCCCUCCGCAAAUGUGGACAUCUCGCGUAAACGAAUCAGAAGCCCGUCCUUUUCUUUUUGUCGCGAGUGGACCAAACGAGACCGGAAUGUUUGAUAUGAAAACCGGCUCUUGCAUGGAAUGUUUCAGGAGUUUCUCUAGCAAUUCUCUAGAUUUGCAAUCCGAGUUGGGCCUUCUUCCAACCCUCAACAAUAUCGACAUCUCCCGGAGGUCCAGCGGGGAGUCUUUAGGCAUCAACUGUCAGCGCCUGAGAGACACCGAGUUUGUUUCAUCGAAAGGAUCGAUUCAUUGCAUGGUUGGAAGUAUUGGAGCGAGUCACCAAAGUUUCCUUGUCACUGGGGGUAGCGACUGUCGAAUUAGAUUUUGGGACUUCUCCGAUCCUUCCAAGUGCUUUACACUUGCGGGACAGGAACAGGGCCAGAACCGACCAUACUUCGAAAGGAUAGACCUCGGAGAAGGGAAGGGGAGGCUCAUUGCUUGUCGGGAUGCAGAGUCCGGACCAGCACCGAGCCAUAUGUCAAGAAAAUUGCACCAAGGGGUAAAAAGACCCGACCAUCAUCACACCGAUUCAAUCCAGGAUCUGAAAAUCAUUGAUGGGUGUUCGCUUAUAAGCUGCUCGAGAGACUCUACGAUCAAGAUGUGGCGAUAGGAAACAAUCUUAUUAUUAGAUGUCCUCACUUACUUCGACCAAUUUCAGGUCUUUCUAAAAGAAAGCGGCAUCGAAGUUCUCACAUUUUCCGUCCGCGAGUUUGCUGUCGUCGCCUACAAGAUCAUCCUGGGGGUGGAUGCACUUGAUCGCGUUCCAGCUAGACGCCGACAUGGCAAUAGGGGGAGCGAAAGCCAUGUUCUUUUCCUCUUGUCCCGUACUCAGACCAGUAUAUUCGCCUGCUCGAUACACCUGCCCACUGAGAUUUUCUGCUAACCCGUUCUGUCUCCAAAAUGAAGCGUUAGUUCCCUCGGGGGUGCUGCGUUGGUCCAGAAAGCUGGCGUUGUGAGAAAAAGGACGCCUCUGGUGGUAGCUAAACGCGUUGCCAUCGAUGCAAGCCGGAACGCGAUUUGACAACAUUACUCCUAGCCCACCCUGUUGAGAUUGAUCAAGUAGGAAUGGCGUCUGACUCGGGCGCAUUUGGUUGUGAAAUUGAGAACCAAACUGUACUCGGUGAUCCUGAUAGGCACUGUUGAACGACAUUGGUUCAAAUC